AUGGCGUACAACCUCAAAGUGAACUCACUUCUUCUUUUGAAGGGCCUGACGUCACACGCUCCUCCUCGUUUGCUUGCCCCGCUAAAACUUCUUCAAUAUCAACCCCGCCAGAUGCCUCUGACUUCGUCUUCUUCUUCUUCCUCAUCACCACGCCUCAUACAGAUCCAACGUCAAUUCUCUACAACCGCAAGCAAGAUGUCGCAAUCAAACAACAACUUCCUUCUGAGCGAGGUCUUCAAUGUCAAGGGCAAGGUUGCUCUGAUCACCGGAGGCGGCAGUGGAAUUGGACUGAUGGCCACUCAAGCAUUGGCGGUUAACGGCGCAAAAGUCUACAUCGUCGGCCGAACCAAAGAGAAGCUCGAGAGCGUCGUCAAGAACCACGGACAGAACAUCGCCGGAGAGAUCAUUCCCCUCACAGCGGACGUCACAUCAAAGAGUGAGAUUGCCAAGUUGGUCAAGGAGAUUGAGUCUCGAGAGAAGGGUCUGGAUAUCUUGAUCAACAAUGCUGGCAUCGCAGGAAAUACACAGCAGACGGAGGCUAAGACUGCCGAGGAGAUGAAGAAGAACCUGUUUGAUGCCGAGGGCUCAACCUUCGAGGACUGGGUCAAUACGUACCGCACUAAUGUUCCUCAACUCUUCUUCAUGACCGUCGCAUUCCUCCCCCUCCUCCAAAAGUCGACCGAGUCCCGUCAUGGAUACUCCAGCACCGUCAUCAACAUCUCCUCCAUUUCUGGCAUUGUCCAAUCCUCCCAGCACCAUUUUGGAUACAACUCAUCCAAGGCCGCUGCCAUCCACCUGACCAAGAUGCUUGCAUCAGAGAUUGCGGAGAACGGAUUGAAGAUUAGAGUGAACAGCAUUGCUCCGGGCGUCUUCCCUAGUGAGAUGACAGCGGGUGAGAGUGGUUCGGAUCAGAAGAGUCACAUCGAGAAGGAGAAGUAUGAGAAAGUUCCAGCCCACAGACCUGGAAAGGAUGAGGAUAUGGCUGGAGCAGUGUUGUUCGUGGCUACCAACCAAUACUUGAACGGCCAGACGGUAGCUGUAGAUGGUGGCUACAUCCUGCACGCGGGAGCUUAA